UCCUGAAGGUCACGCUUUAACGCCUAUCGGAACUUCCUCGUAGCAUUUUUAAGUGCGGAUUGAACGGUAUCUUUGCAGUGUGUCGCGGAAGCUCAAAGAGGCAGGCCUAGCCGUCUUGCCAUUUUCUAUCGUUCUUAAACGCUGCAUUCGGAAAAGAACAGUGGUAUUUUUUUUGCCUGUUUGUCCUAAGAAGACUGCGCCUAAAAUCAUGCAUGUUCUGUGCGUCACAGCGUCGCUUGUGUUGUCUUACUGCUGGCUCGAGCCGCCCACGCCCCUGGAGGUAGCUUUCCCUGACUUCACGCUGGCGUUAAAGGCUAUCAAGAAUUUCACGGCCGUUGCAACCACGCAAGACAACCCACGGAGAGUGUGCUUAUCGGCUAGAGUACGUCAUCUGGAUGAGGUCACGAGAGAUACAGAGGUGGAGUGGCAGUGGAUCGAUCAAGAUAGCGAUGGACCACUCAUGAAACGUGAUUUCCACUUUAAGUUGGGGUACGGCUUACCAAACAGAGCCGUGAUGACCAAUUCCGAAGCUGGCCAGCUGGGAGCUGACGCCAUUCUCUUGUACACCGACUACAACCAGUGCGUGGUGGGACUGUUCGUUGCGCCAGUUUUUGAAUGCACACUGUGGGUGCACGAAUCUGCCAAGGACGCAGUUCCGGACCACUGUUGGGCAGCUUACGGGAGCUUCUGCGGACCCAAGCGGACACUUCUUCAAAGGAAUGAAAAGUGUAAAAAGCACGGUCCCUGAACGGCAGCCAUUGGAGCCUAGUACACUGUAAUCAGAGCAGUCUUUCAAAGCUUCCAAUUUGUGGCCUUGAAAUAUAAAGGCCAAACUACACGUACGCUUGCCGACGUGCGAAAGCUCGCGUUCGCACGCCUUGCGUUUGCCGCGCCUCGCGAGUAAUGGCGGUUUGAACCUACAAGAAGACGCGCUCCAGCACGCAUCCCACUUGACUCACUAUUUUCGCCUUGGGAGACAUCGUUUCGUAUUUUUGUGAGGCAUCCAGGGCAGGUAUUUUGUAUCGAUGCCUUUUUCGAUGCUAAUGUUUUCGGUGCUUUUCGCGUUCGUGAGUGGUCACGUUCGACGCUCCGCCCAAAACACCGGCCAUCAUCUGGAGAAGAUAAUAGUUCUCGCGCGGUGGUUCGACGCGCACGAUCUGUGCUGCAUCAUCGGCGCAUGCGUGAGGCGCGUGGGCGCAAGCUCUCGUGCGUCGGCACGCGUGCGUGCAGUUUGGCCUUAACCUUCGUUCUUUGACUAUCAAAAAUAAAUACUAAUAGUAGUGCUGAAUUUUGCUUUUGAAAGGUUUUUGUUUUGGUCUACAGGUGAAUGAAAAGAA